AUGUAUGGUAGUUUCGGGCAGCCCUCACAGCAGCAAUCUUAUUCAAUAAAACUAGAACAGCCACAGAAGAAAGCUGUUGAGGAAAAACCCAACGAUGAAAGCAUGAGUUACUCUUACAUAAGUCAUCACAGUAGUCCAACGAAUACUACAGAUAGCACCUCAUCCACUACAAGUUCUGCAGCUAAUCAUGUUGAUAAAGCUACUAGCAAUAGUUAUACUAUUGAAAAUCAUAAAAACGAUAAUCUAAAUUCAUUGAGAUUGGAAUCCAUCUUUUUCAAUAGUCCGACGGAAGAUACCAGCCAUCAUACUGAUGUCAGUGUCACUGCCGCAAAUUCAUUCGAUGUUAGAUACCCCACAAAUACAACAAAUAAUAACGCUUCCAGCUGUGCUAUCAACCCAACCUUUCAAUCAAACAACUCACUCUCAUUUUAUCGGUAUAACGAAGAUUCAAACAGAUUGUUUUCUGGAUUUCAUUUGAGUUCACCUCAAGAUAUCAUUGCUAGCUUAGCAAAUGUACCUAUAUUCAAUGAAAUUUGCAAUUUCAAUCAGCAAACAGAUAGCAGUAAUACGAGCAAUCAGCAGCAGCAACAUGAACAAUUAAACCCAAAUUUGAACACUACCACGACAAUUCCGUCAACAGCAUCUACAUCAGCAACAACAAUACCGACAGGGAUAACCCAUUCGAAUACUAUCACAUCUCUUCUAAGUUUUAUUAAUAACACAACAGCUGCAAAUGGCAAUGCAACUCCCACUACGUUUAAUUCCAUUUUGACAGCAUCACCCGAAACUACGAUGGCAACUGAUAACAAUCACAAAAACCACAAUACUGCAACAACUCCAUCCUCCUCAUCCUCAUUUUCAUCCACUACAUCGUCGUUGCCUCCAUUAAACACAACACCUAUUGUAAUCACACCUUUGUUAAAUACGUCCUCCAAAAACCAAACUUAUCUGCUAGCCACCAAAAAACCCUUGAAAGGCUCUCCUCGCCCUUUCCGAGAACGAGCACCAUGGACGCCAGAAGAAGACAACUUACUCAAGUUAGCUGUCCAGCUCUAUGGCGAUAAAACAGAAAAAUGGUCAAAAAUUGCAGCAUGUGUUCCUGGCCGCACCAACAAAAACUGUCGAAAGCGCUGGUUUCAUUCACUCGACCCUUCUCUUCGUAAAGGUACAUGGACGGAAGAGGAGGACCAAUUGUUGCGUGAAGGCGUCAGUAAGUUUCCUAAUCAAUGGAGCAAAAUCGCCGAGCUUUUACCUGGACGUACCGAUGAUCAAUGUGCGAAGCGGUGGCGAGAGAGUUUGGAUCCAACAAUUGAUCGAUCAGAGUGGACAGCUGCAGAAGAUCAAUUGUUGAUGGAAAAAUUUGAAGAGUAUGGAUCACAAUGGCAAAAGAUUGCUUAUUUCUUUGACGGAAGACCAGGAUUGCAUUGCAGAAAUAGAUGGAGGAAGUUACAAAGGCUGAUGCAAGUAAAGAAGGAAAAAGAAAGUAAUAAUAACAAUAAUACCAUGCAACCAGCAAAGAAGAGAAUUGCGCUGGAUCGUAAUAACAACAACAACAAUAAUAAUAAAAUUGGAAGUCAAGGCAACAAUAAUGAUUCCCUGCCAUUCUUCAAUACACUGUCAACAGAUACAUUUCGAUUUUUGCAUGCAGCUACAGGGAACAAUAGCAAUAACAAUUCUACCAACAUUGGCUCAAGUAAUUUAACAGAGUCUUUCCAACAGUUAACAGCACUCUUAACUCAAUCACAGUCCAGUUCUCAACAACCGAAUCCCUUGUUUAAUUCAUUAUCCAUUACUCAGAAUAUCAGUAAUAAUUCUUCUAACACUUGCGCAGAUGCCUCAUUAGCAGCCACAGCUGCUGUAUCGGAAAAAAAUCAUGGCGAGUUCGGUAACCUGAUCAAACCGUAUGGUUGUAACGUUGCUGAAUGUCAAGCCGUCUUUUCAAGUUCACAUCUUUUGUAUUCACAUAUAAAGCAGCAUCAAUCAUUACAAGGCGUUGAAAAACCUUACCGUUGUGCUAUGUUGAAUUGUAAUAAAAAAUACAAGAAUAUAAAUGGGCUUCAGUACCAUAUCAAGGACGCGAAAGGGCUGAAAGGUCAUCAUGGGUUUUUCCUUUUUACAACGGCGGUCAACAACAACAACAACAGUAACGAUAACAACAGCAGCCAAUCAAUGCAUCAAUUUGUAAAUAGUAAACAAUAUACCAGCAGCAGUAACAAGAAUGAUCCUACAUAUUCAUCGAACAGCAAAGACAAUAGCGAAAAUAGUAAUAUCAAGUUUGAAAAUGAGAAUCACUUUGCUGAGGAAAUAGAAGAAGACGAAAGACCUUACCGAUGUAAAAUUGAUAAUUGCAAUAAAGCUUACCGUACUGCUAGCGGAUUAAAAUAUCAUCAAGUGAACGGUCAUAAUAAGAACAAUCAUCAGAAAUCGACCGAAGCUCAUACAUCACAGGUGCUAAAGCAACCAUCGUCUUCUACUUUAAAUCAGUCUCAGCAGCAACAGCAACAGCAACAACAACUUCCCCAAAUUCCUUUUUUAAAACGGGAAAGGUGGGUGAUGGAAAGUGCUUAG